AUGGCUUCAAAUUUCCUAACGGACAUUGGGACGAAUACAAUACAGAGAAACAGAAAGCAUGAGUGGGUGUGGAAGGAGUAUCAAAGCGGAAAAUUCACAAUGCAGUCAGCUUAUAAAUUAUUGACAAGGGAAGCAGUUGAGGGGGAAAGGGAUCGAGCAUUUGAGGAGCUGUGGAAUUUAAAGGUGCUAAGCAAAGUUGCAGUUUUUGCUUGGAGGCUUCUUAGAGAUAGGCUGCCUACUAAAGUUAAUUUGUACAGGAGACAAGUAGAGGUUGCGGAUACAAGCUGUCCAUUUUGUGGAAAUAUGGAAGAGGAUGCAGGGCAUUUAUUUUUUCACUGUAGCAAAAUCCUCCCCUUGUGGUGGGAAACACUAUCUUGGCUGAAUAUUUCAGUAGCUCUACCGAUUGACCCAAAGCAACAUUUUCUCCAACAUGGUUCCAUAAUGGUUGGUGGCACAAGGAUUAAUAGAUGGAAGUGCUGGUGGCUUGCUGUAACUUGGACAAUAUGGCAGAAAAGAAAUAAGAUUAUCUUCAACAAUGAGUCCUUGGACAAAAACAAACUGAUUGAUGAUACGUCUUUUCUUUUGUGGACAUGGUUAUCAAAUCUGGAGAAAGGCUUUGCAGAACACUUCAAUCAAUGGUCUACUAAUAUCAGACAGGGCUUUUUGUACUAG